AUGGCCCCUUUGCUCGACACCGUCUCUCCCCUCCCCGCCUUCAUCUUGGGUGCUCUCACGAGCAUUGGUGGCUCAAUCGGCUACGUCCGCACUGGCUCCGUACCCAGCAUUGCCGCAGGUCUUACAGUGGGCGCUCUGUACGGCCUCGGUGGUUAUAGAAUUCACACCAAAGCCCCCUAUGGUGUCGAGCUUGCACUCCUCGCAUCCUUCGUUCUCGCGGGCAGCAGCCUCCCCAGAGCCAUCAAGACUGGUAAGCCCCUGCCAUGGGGACUGAGCGUCCUCGCUGUUUCGGGGCUGUUGGUUUAUGGGCGGGCAUAUUCUCAGAACGCUAGUCCAAAGUCUGCUUGA